AUGCGGGACGCGGCGGGAAUCACACCGCAAUCAGAGCAUCAGACACGCGUCCUGAGAGAGUACUUAUUUUUGUAUUUCCCUUGUACAUCUCAUUUCUCUGUCUCUCUCUCUCUACAGGUGGUGAUGUAUAUUGGACAAGUGAUGAAGGAUCUGUUAAAGCUGCCGCGUCCUCCGUCUCCCCCUGUGGUCAAACUGGAGACGCGUGUGGACGCGGAGUACGGGAUGCCAUCCACACACGCCAUGGCAGCGACGGCCAUCUCAUUUACACUGCUUCUCAGUGCUCAGGAGAGAGUGAAGUUCCCGUUUGAACUGGGACUGAUUGUGGCCGUGGUUUUGUCUGCGCUGGUGUGUCUGAGUCGUCUUUAUACCGGCAUGCACUCUGCUCUGGAUGUGAUCUGUGGCGUUGUAAUUUCAGCCGUCGUCAUGGCUGUGUCGUACCCGUACUGGGGAACCAUUGACUACCUUCAGCUGCACAACCCUCUCUCCCCCAUAGUGGGGGUGGUUCUGCCCCUCUUCCUGUCCUAUAAGUACCCCGAGCUGGACCAUUACAGCACCACACGGGGGGACACCACCAUUAUUUUAGCAUGCUGUUCAGGGUGUUCAGUCGGAUACUGGGUGAAUGAGCGAUUGGGCUUGACCUUUGACCUUGCCGGGCCUUUUCCAGUGACCCUUCCACCGCUGACCCUCGCAGCCUUGGGUCUCGGUGUGGCGCGGUUCCUGGUCGGGUUAGGGAUGCUGGUUCUGACCCGGCAGACAGUGCGCUGGGCGAGUCUGCGGGUGCUCUGUCGAAUUUAUGGAGCGUCUGUGAAUGACGUUGAAGCACGCAGAAGGAAAGCGAUUGAGGUGCCGUAUAAGUUCAGCACAUAUGUUGCCAUCGGGCUGGUCAACAGUAUCAUGGUGAACAGAGUGUUUGUGAUGAUGGGAUUCUGGGAUUUGGGAAAUUCUGUAUAAUUUCUCAGUGUUUACAGGCAAGUUUCAAGAGAAUCCCAGUCUAUAAUUUAUUCUCAGGGAGAAAUUCACCUUAGUCUUUGUUUGGGAAAGGCUGGCGCAUUUAAAUUCUCACACUGAACAGUAGUUUGUUAAACCUCCUAGCUGCAUUUUGUUAGAUUUCAAAAACUGAAACGCAGUUCGUGGAUGUUUGUGCAGUUUCGCUUGGUUUUAAGGGAUUAUUCAUGGUUAAACGCAAGCUAAAGGUGAAGUGUGUAAUUUCUGUGCCACAAGACUCAACAAAUGAAAUCAGAAACGCAUACAAAUGACUAAUGAAUAAUUUCCUUAACACACAUCUGCUAUAUAGUGAAAUUAGUUAGCAUUUUUGUGCAAAAAUUAGUGUAUUUUUAUACUUUUAUGCGCUUUUUUACACUUCCAGUUGCGUCAUACUGAAUUUAAUGGUUUUUUUUGUGAACAGGUAAUGUCAGUAAUGUAUUUACUGUUUACACAAGCUCAAGAUAUUUUCACGUUUUAUUCUACAACAUAAAAUGCAUCAGUAAUACCCCACUGAUUUUAUUUUUAAAGCUUUUGCUUGUCUUGAAAAAGAUGGUUGCUAAAUGGGGCUAGAGAUGUAUUCUGGGAUAUUAAAUGACAUCACACUGAACGGGGAAACUCAUCUACUCAUGAGUCGCUUUCACAGCCUCACUAUGUUCAGUAUCACACUCUUGCAAACUAUUCUAACUCAAACUUUCCAACUAAGGAUUGAAAGAGUUGUCAGAAGCUUAAUGGUACUGAAGUCGAAUGACUGUGGACAAGUUCGUUGCUAGCCCACGAUUAUCAUGUUGAACAAAAAGUGUAAGAAUCAUAAACUUUUUAUUGGUCCCAAAGCUUAUUUUCUGCAAUAAUCCAAAAGUC